AUGGGUCUAAACAUACGCCAGGCGCCCACUGCCGCUAACCGCGCUCUCAAUCUCCUUCGAACAGUUCAAUAUACCCAUCCCCCCAACUGUCCGUGUCAUGCAAGCCCAGGCCAUUAUCAACCUACACCUUCAAUACUCAACCAUGCAAAGCGAUCACUUGCUACACCUGUCGACUCGUCAAGGAAGAGAGAAUAUGCAUUCGAAAUGGCAGCCUCGAGCAUCCGGUUUGGACCCGGAUGCACGAAGGAAGUGGGCAUGGACUUCAAGAACAUGGGGUCUAAGAGAGUAUGCGUAGUGACAGACAAGACCGUUGGGAAGCUGGAUGCUAUGCAUCAGGUUGUGGAGGGGUUGACAAGGGAGGGGGUGGAGUUCACAAUAUAUGAUGGAACGAGGGUAGAGCCCAAAGACAGCUCUAUCAAGGAUGCGAUCAACUUCUCUAAGAACUAUGGGCCGGACGCUUUCCUCGCAGUCGGAGGAGGCAGUGUCAUAGAUACAGCGAAACUCAUGAAUCUUUAUACGAACUUCCCCAAUGCUGAUUUUCUCGACUUCGUCAAUGCUCCGCUGGGUAAGGGUCUGCCAAUCACAAAGGCGCUUUACCCACUGAUUGCUGUUCCCACCACCGCCGGCACUGGAUCAGAGACUACAGGAACCGCCAUAUUCGACCUUGUCGCCAAGAAAGCAAAAACGGGAAUCGCGCACCGCGCUCUAAAGCCCACACUGGGCAUAUGUGAUCCCCUAAACACACGUACCAUGCCCUCUGCAGUCCAUGCAUCAACAGGCCUCGACGUGCUUUGCCACAGCCUCGAGUCAUGGACCGCCAUCCCAUAUCAAACUCGAACGCCGCGGCCAGAGAAUCCAAUAAACCGGCCUGCAUACCAAGGGGCCAACCCCAUCUCUGACAUAUUCUCCCUUCAAGCUCUCAGAGCAACCGUCAAGUAUCUUCCUCGCGCGGCCAAAGACCCUGAAGAUCAUGAAGCCCAAUCAGAGAUGCUUCUCGCCGCUACCUUGGCCGGCGUAGGUUUCGGGAAUGCAGGUGUUCAUCUGUGCCAUGGCAUGAGCUACCCCAUCAGCGGGCAGAAUCCGGGUUACAAGCAUGCGGGCUACGUGACCGAUAAGCCCAUCAUUCCCCAUGGCGUCAGCGUGGCCGUUACAGCACCUGCAGUCUUCAGGUUCACAGCCGCCUCAAAUCCGGAAAGGCAUCUUGCAGCUGCCGAAAUCUUUGGGGUGGACACUAGUUCCGUGAAGAGGGAAAGCGCGGGAGAAGUACUUGCGGAGGCGCUAUCGAAUUUUCUGGUGGAGUUGGGUGAUCAGCCCAGAGGGUUGAAGGCAUUGGGGUUUGGAGGUGGUGAUAUAGAUGGAUUGGUUGAAGGAACGCUACCGCAGAAGAGGGUGCUGAUGUUGGCACCGGGCUUGAGUGAAGAGGUGAAUGAAGAGAAAGAGCAGUUGAGAGGUCUUUUCGAGGAUGCUUUAACAUAUUAA